GCACAAUUUAACGCCACAGCAGGUUGCGAUGAAAGGCCACUGUGACAAGGCCACGGAAACUUCUAAGAAAAAACUAUGCUCUCAGCUCAAAAUUGUAUUCCACAUGGAAAAACAUGAUCUCCCAUCUAACCAUUUUGUAGCACAGACUGAGCUACUGCAAGCUCUCGAGGCUCCAGAUUUUGUCACCACCGAUGGCAUUUAUUGCCACAGCGACUCUGUGGAUGAUAUGGAAAAGGCAUUAGAACACAUCGUGGUGGAACAGAUCCGUGAAAAACUGAAAAACAGUGACUUCAUUGGAAUAAUAAUUGAUGAAACUGUAAAUAUCACUGUGAACAAAAAGUUAAUCAUAUAUCUAAAGCUGGAAAUUAAAGGAAAGGUGGAGACAUGCUUUCUUGGAAAUUAUGAUGUGGACUCCGGGACAGCAAGAUUGAUUUAUGAUCGCGUUGUUGCGGUGCUUUGCGAAAUGGAUAUAGCACUGUCCCGUGUCAUUGGCCUGGGUUCAGAUGGUGCAAGUGUAAUGAUGGGAAGGCAUGGUGGGGUGGGUGCUUUGUUUAAGCAAGCAAAUCCCUUUUCUAUCCAGGUGCACUGCGUUGCCCACAGGGCUGCACUUACUGUGCUGGACGCAGAGAAAGCUGUGGAAAACAUCAGAGCUUACAAAAACACAAUCUCCCCUGUGAACUCCUUCUACAGACACUCUGCCACCAGAACAGCCCAGCUCCGCCAAUUAACAGCUGCACUCAGUAGUGAGGACAUGGUCAGCCUCAAGCAGCCGUGUGCAGUCCGCUGGCUAUCCCUACACAGGGCUGUGGAGGCCAUGAAGCACAACUGGGCAGCUGUGGCCAUGGAAAUUAAUGAAGAGGCAGUGGGAGGAAAUACCCAAGCACAACGGCUGCUUGGUCAAAUCCAGACCUACAGCUUCAUAGCCCUGACUCACGCACUGGCCGAUCUACUACCAGUGAUGACAAAACUGAAUUUAGUUUUUCAGAAAGACAACAUCAAUCUUUCCAGCAUCCGACCAAUAGUGCAAGCAUCUGUCGUGGCAUUUACACACUUACGAGUUGUCCCCGGUCCAGAAGAGGAAACAUUCCAGGUGGGAUAUAAAGACGACACAUACAAGGAUGUCAAAGUGACCAAUUCAAGCGACAGCUCCAUUCAAGCUUUCAAAAAAGCCAGAGAACGCUAUGUUCAACAUCUGAUAGAUGCCUUGCUAGAUCGGUUCCCCGAGGAUUGCAUGGAUCUACUUCACUGCCUCGAUGCCCGUCUGAACCCCUCUAGAUAUCCGCAGACACAUAGUGCUCUCCAAGAAUAUGCAGAACCAGCGAUCAGAAGGAUUAUUUGCUAUUUUACAAGCCUUGAGUCUGCGGACACCGCUCCUCUUAUUGAUACCGUAAGCCUGCGACGUGAUGCCCUCGCUGUCAUGACAGCGCCCCGUGGCUAUGGAGGAUUGCAUUUCUCCACAGCCUGCGAAGUCCUCAUAUGUGAUUUCAACGAAAUGUAUCUAGAGUGGACCAAGCUCGCCAAGAUAGCCUGUGUAAUCCCUGUCUCGAGUGUUCCUGCAGAGAGGGGGUUCUCGCUGCAGAAUCGGAUCAAGACGAAGCAGCGAAGUCGCCUUGCGGAGAACAAGGUUACACAGCUUAUGCGCAUUGCAAGUUGUGGAGAGACACUGGGAAGUUUUGAUUUUAAGUCGGCAGCUGCACAAUUCAGCACUGCAAAAAAGCGUAAAAAGUAG